AUGUUCGAAUUGGAGUUCUACGAAUUAUCGGCUGCCAAAGAAUCAUCAGAUGCUGCUGAACAACAAGCUGAAACUAAAUUAGCGGCUGAUGUUGCGAGAGUUGAAUCUGGACAUGAUGCUGGAAGAAUGAAGCAAUUGUUGAUCAAACAGCUAAAGAGAUUGGACCAUUGAGUGAUCGAGUUAAUUUGGUUAGUUUUUGAGGGGAAUUGGAAUAGCUGAAAUUUUGCUGAUAAAAAAAAUAUUGAACAUUUUUCAAUUUUUUUAUUGAAAAUUUCAUGUUUUCGCUCAAGUUUCACAACAAUUGAAAAUUAUCAAGAUUAUGUAUGGAAUCUAAAUUUGAAGAAUUCAAAAGAUUCUAUCAAAACGUUAAUUUUCUCCCCUAAUUUUUCCUUUUUUCAGAAUCUCACAACUCUCAUAAAAGGCAUUUUUGCGUUUUGCUCGAUGUCAAACAAAUUAAGAUACAGAAGGCGAAGAUUAUCUAAGUGGACCAUCACAAAAACAACGCAUUCAAAUUUUGGAGAAUAAUUUUGACAAAUUUACCAAAGUUCACAAACAGGUUGGUUUUUUUUGUAAUGAAAAUGAAAAGAUUUAAAAAAAUAACACGGGGAAGAUACGUUUCAAAAAUUGGAUUUUGGCUAGUGUAUAAUCUUAUUUAUUUUGUUUUUGUCAAAAAUCAUAAAAUUAAAUUAAAAAUAAAAUUAAUUUUCACAAUAAAAAAUCAAACGCUAAAUUUUUACAGUACAAAAAUUGUGCAUUUUUCAGUUUUUGUCCUCUAAAAAUUGUUAUUUUUCAAUUUUUGACCUCUAAAAACUGAAAUUUAGAUUUUUCAAAAAAUUGUACUCUGGCCAGCCACGGCUUGGCCGAGGUGUGUACUGUAAAAUAUUUCAUAAAACAAAGAACCUUGAAAAAAAUGGAUUUUAUCAGUUAAAAAAUAAAAGUUCAUGCCUAAUUUUUGAAUUUUCUUGAAAGAAAUGUAAUUUUUCAGAGCGAUUUGCUAUCAAUUUACCACGGAUAAAAGCAUCGGAAGACAAAAGAAGCAGAUUCUGAAACUUGCAAUCGAAAUCAACGAACAUUUCGGUAAGCUUUUUAUCGAUUUUUUCCGAGAAUUGAAAAUGACUAUGAGAAUUUCUGGAAUUGCAAUUUGAAACUUAUAAAAUUUCUAUUUUUCUUAAUUUUUUUGUUGAAAAUCUUGAAAAAUAGCUGAUUUUAUCAGUUCCAAAUUGGAAUUUCAGUGGAGAUGCGGAAGCUAUGCCCGAUUUUUGAAUUUUUAUUCAAAAACUUUGAAUUUUCGAAUAAUAAAUUAAGUGAACCUUUUUUCAGAUCAAUAUGAACAAUUCAAAGUGUUCGAGCAACAAUUCAAAGUUAUUGUUCAAGAAUCGACAUCGUUGUUGGUAAGUUUUUGAAUUUUAAUGAAAACUGGCAUGAAUUUCUGGAAUUGCAAUUUGAAACUGAUAAAAUUUCUAUUUUUCUUGAUUUUUUUGUUGAAAAUUUUGAAAAAUAGCUGAUUUUAUCAGUUCCAAAUUGGAAUUUCAGCGGAGAUGCGGAAGCUAUGCCCAAUUUUUGAAUUUUUAUUCAAAAACUUUGAAUUUUCGAAUAAUAAAUUAAAUGAACCUUUUUUCAGAUCAAUAUGAACAAUUCAAAGUGGAUGAGCAACAAUUCAAAGUUAUUGUUCAAGAAUCGACAUCGAUGUUGGUAAGUUUUUGAAUUUUAAUGAAAACUGGCAUGAAUUUCUGGAAUUGCAAUUUGAAACUGAUAAAAUUUCUAUUUUUCUUGAUUUUUUUGUUGAAAAUUUUGAAAAAUAGCUGAUUUUAUCAGUUCCAAAUUGGAAUUUCAGCGGAGAUGCGGAAGCUAUGCCCAAUUUUUGAAUUUUUAGAGAAAAACUUUGAAUUUUCGAAUAAUAAAUUAAAUGAACCUUUUUUCAGAUCAAUAUGAACAAUUCAAAGUGGAUGAGCAACAAUUCAAAGUUAUUGUUCAAGAAUCGACAUCGUUGUUGGUAAGUUUUUGAAUUUUAAUGAAAACUGGCAUGAAUUUCUGGAAUUGCAAUUUGAAACUGAUAAAAUUUCUAUUUUUCUUGAUUUUUUUGUUGAAAAUUUUGAAAAAUAGCUGAUUUUAUCAGUUCCAAAUUGGAAUUUCAGCGGAGAUGCGGAAGCUAUGCCCAAUUUUUGAAUUUUUAUUCAAAAACUUUGAAUUUUCGAAUAAUAAAUUAAAUGAACCUUUUUUCAGAUCAAUAUGAACAAUUCAAAGUGGAUGAGCAACAAUUCAAAGUUAUUGUUCAAGAAUCGACAUCGUUGUUGGUAAGUUUUUGAAUUUUAAUGAAAACUGGCAUGAAUUUCUGGAAUUGCAAUUUGAAACUGAUAAAAUUUCUAUUUUUCUUGAUUUUUUUGUUGAAAAUUUUGAAAAAUAGCUGAUUUUAUCAGUUCCAAAUUGGAAUUUCAGCGGAGAUGCGGAAGCUAUGCCCAAUUUUUGAAUUUUUAUAGAAAAACUUUGAAUUUUCGAAUAAUAAAUUAAGUGAACCUUUUUUCAGAUCAAUAUGAACAAUUCAAAGUGGAUGAGCAACAAUUCAAAGUUAUUGUUCAAGAAUCGACAUCGUUGUUGGUAAGUUUUUGAAUUUUAAUGAAAACUGGCAUGAAUUUCUGGAAUUGCAAUUUGAAACUGAUAAAAUUUCUAUUUUUCUUGAUUUUUUUGUUGAAAAUUUUGAAAAAUAGCUGAUUUUAUCAGUUCCAAAUUGGAAUUUCAGCGGAGAUGCGGAAGCUAUGCCCGAUUUUUGAAUUUUUAUUCAAAAACUUUGAAUUUUCGAAUAAUAAAUUAAGUGAACCUUUUUUCAGAUCAAUAUGAACAAUUCAAAGUGUUCGAGCAACAAUUCAAAGUUAUUGUUCAAGAAUCGACAUCGUUGUUGGUAAGUUUUUGAAUUUUAAUGAAAACUGGCAUGAAUUUCUGGAAUUGCAAUUUGAAACUGAUAAAAUUUCUAUUUUUCUUGAUUUUUUUGUUGAAAAUUUUGAAAAAUAGCUGAUUUUAUCAGUUCCAAAUUGGAAUUUCAGCGGAGAUGCGGAAGCUAUGCCCAAUUUUUGAAUUUUUAUUCAAAAACUUUGAAUUUUCGAAUAAUAAAUUAAAUGAACCUUUUUUCAGAUCAAUAUGAACAAUUCAAAGUGUUCGAGCAACAAUUCAAAGUUAUUGUUCAAGAAUCGACAUCGUUGUUGGUAAGUUUUUGAAUUUUAAUGAAAACUGGCAUGAAUUUCUGGAAUUGCAAUUUGAAACUGAUAAAAUUUCUAUUUUUCUUGAUUUUUUUGUUGAAAAUUUUGAAAAAUAGCUGAUUUUAUCAGUUCCAAAUUGGAAUUUCAGCGGAGAUGCGGAAGCUAUGCCCAAUUUUUGAAUUUUUAUAGAAAAACUUUGAAUUUUCGAAUAAUAAAUUAAGUGAACCUUUUUUCAGAUCAAUAUGAACAAUUCAAAGUGGAUGAGCAACAAUUCAAAGUUAUUGUUCAAGAAUCGACAUCGUUGUUGGUAAGUUUUUGAAUUUUAAUGAAAACUGGCAUGAAUUUCUGGAAUUGCAAUUUGAAACUGAUAAAAUUUCUAUUUUUCUUGAUUUUUUUGUUGAAAAUUUUGAAAAAUAGCUGAUUUUAUCAGUUCCAAAUUGGAAUUUCAGCGGAGAUGCGGAAGCUAUGCCCAAUUUUUGAAUUUUUAGAGAAAAACUUUGAAUUUUCGAAUAAUAAAUUAAAUGAACCUUUUUUCAGAUCAAUAUGAACAAUUCAAAGUGGAUGAGCAACAAUUCAAAGUUAUUGUUCAAGAAUCGACAUCGUUGUUGGUAAGUUUUUGAAUUUUAAUGAAAACUGGCAUGAAUUUCUGGAAUUGCAAUUUGAAACUGAUAAAAUCCAUGUUUUUCUUGCUUUUCUUCAUGAAAAUCUUGAAAAAUGAUUGAUUUUAUCAGUUUCAAAUUGGAAUUUCAGCGGAGAUGCGGAAGCUAUGCCCGAUUUUUGAAUUUUUAUUCAAAGACCUGGAUUUUUCAGAGGGAUUCGCUGCAAAUUUACCAUGGAUAUUCAGCAAUUUGGACCUUCAUCAUUGUCUUCGAUUUUUCCACAAUCUAA